CGCAGCCGGAAGCGUUGUGAUUGUAGUCUCCUGGGCGAUGGAGCGGGCCUUUGGGCCAGAGAGUUCGCGGUGCUGGGGAGGCGCCCCCAGGUGCUGUGUCAUCUGUCUGGUGCCCUCUACGUGUCUAAUCCACAUAUGGAGCACUGGAUGCCUCUGCAGCUGGAGUCAUGGAUUAGCUCUCAGUCUCCCUCCAGAGGACCAUGGCAGGAUGGGUUCAGUACUGAUACUCUGUGAUGUGUGUUAGAGGCAGGCAGAAAUCAUGGACAUAGACGCUGAAAGAGAGAAGAUAUCGAAGGAGAUCAAGGAGCUGGAAAGGAUUUUGGACCCCAGCUCCUCCAGCAUCCCCGUGGACAUCUCUGAAUCGAGUCUCGAUUCAGAUUCUGAUGCAGAGUCACUUCCUGCGGAGGACUUGGACAUCGCUGGUCCCCCAGUCUUGGUGGAAGAGAGAUGGGGUGGAGGCAGCAAUGAUGAGGAGGACCCCAAGGAGAAAGCCCUCCCCGAGGACCCUGAGACCUGUCUGCAGCUGAACAUGGUCUACCAGGAGGUCAUCCAGGAGAAGCUGGCUGAGGUCAGCCUGCUGCUGGCCCAGAACCGGGAGCAGCAGGAGGAGAUCCUGUGGGGCCUUUCUGGGUCGCAAGGCCCCAGAGUGAAGGACAGCAAGGGACUGCUGCCACACAUGUAUAUCGGACACUUCAUGAAGCCGUAUUUCAAGGACAAGGUCACUGGAAUGGGGCCUCCUGCCAAUGAAGACACAAGGGAGAAGGCUGCCCAGGGGAUCAAGGCUUUCGAGCAGCUCCUGGUGACCAAGUGGAAGCACUGGGAGAAGGCCUUGCUCAGGAAGGCGGUGGUGAGCGACCGGCUGCAACGCCUGCUCCAGCCCAAGCUGCUGAAGCUCGAGUACCUGCGCCAGAAGCAGAGCUGGGUCUCCAGUGAGCCAGAGCGGCAGGCCCUGGAGGAGCAGGCCAGGUGUGCGGAGCAGGAGAUCCAGGACAUCAACCAGCUCCCGGAGGAGGCCCUGCUGGGAAACAGAAUGGACAGCCAUGACUGGGAGAAGAUCUCCAAAGUCAAUUUCGAGGGCAGCCGCAGUGCAGAGGAGAUCCAGAAGUUCUGGCAGAGCUCCGAGCACCCGAGCAUCAACAAGCAGGAGUGGAGCAUGGAGGAGGUGGAGCGACUCACAGCCGUCGCCACCGCACACGGCCACCUGCAGUGGCAGCUGGUUGCCAAGGAGCUGGGGACUGGCCGCAGUGCCUUCCAGUGCCUACAGAAGUUCCAGCAGCACAACAAAGCCCUGAAGCGCAGAGAGUGGACAGAGGAGGAGGACCGCAUGCUCACGCAGCUGGUACAGCAGAUGCGCGUGGGGAGUCACGUCCCUUACCGCAGGAUUGUCUACUACAUGGAAGGGAGGGACUCCAUGCAGCUGAUCUACCGGUGGACCAAAAGCUUGGAUCCUAGCCUGAAAAAGGGGUUCUGGGCCCCAGACGAAGAUGCUAAGCUGCUGAGAGCAGUCGCCAAGUAUGGGGAGCAGGAUUGGUUUAAGAUACGGGAGGAGGUGCCAGGCAGGAGCGAUGCCCAGUGCAGAGAUCGGUACCUGCGGAGGUUGCAUGCCAGCCUGAAGAAGGGGCGGUGGACUGCACAGGAGGAAGAACAGCUGCUGGGGUUAAUAGAGAAGCACGGCGUUGGUCACUGGGCAAAAAUCGCCUCUGAACUCCCCAACCGGUCUGGCUCCCAGUGUCUCAGCAAGUGGAAGAUCAUGGCUGGGAAGAAGCAAAGGGUGCAGAGGCGGCGGCGGCAGCGUCGACCCCGCCCCAGGGUCCGAUGGAGUUCCAGCAGCAGCAGCAGUGGAGAUAGUGAUAGUGGUGGCAGUGGCAGCAGCAGCAGCAGCAGCAGCAGCAGCAGCAAAGACUCUGAGGUGGAGCUGGAGGAGCCCCCGCAGGCAGGCAGCAUGCCACCGUCCCCGCAGUACACAGUGCCCGAUAUGGACCUGUGGGUUCCUGUCCGGCACAGCGCCACCCAGAGGCCCGAGGCCUCCCGAACGGCCCUGGCUCCUGGAGAGGAGAGGAGACAGGUGCAGGCGUCCUCCGAGGUCCUUGGCACCCACUCAGCGGGCACACAGCACACAAACCUGGAAGAGCCUGCCCACAAGGAGAGGCUGAGGCAGCCACCACGGCCCAGCUUACCCCCUGGGCCUGGCCCUGGUGACCGUGAGGCUGGGGCCCACCUGCGGCAGCUGUGGCGUAGAACCUUCCAGAAUAGACACCAACGCCGCAGGCGCAUUCUGCACCGGCGGCUCCUGGAACGCAGGCUGCUGCUGGCUGUGGCACCUUGGGUGGGUGAUGUCAACCUGCCCUGCACACUGGCUCCCCAGAGGCCCGCAGUGACAAAGACUCGAGCUGAUGGAGUCAGGACGCAGCUGGAGCGAGUGCACCUGGCCAGCACACCCGUGUUCACACUGUGCAUGCAGCUGCUACAGAUCGACACUGCCGGCUGUAUGGAGGUUGUUCGGGAGAGGAAGGCCCAGCUGCCCCCACCUGGCCCCCAGCAUCCCCUACCACGUCCUCUGCAGGUCCCCCCUGGAGCCCCAGCUCCCCCAGGCUGCCGCCCUCAACAAGCAUCGGCUCAGGACGUCGUGAGGAACACGCACUCCAGGAGCACAGAGCCAAAGUCCUGCUGGGUCCAAACCACCUCAGCCCAAGCACUCACACCGCCUCCACAGGGCCCCCGGCCCAGGCCGAAGACCGUGUCACAGCUGCUCCGAGAGAAGCGGCUCCACAAGGCUCCUACCAGGAAGGCCACCCUGGGCCCUGUGUCACUUACACCACAGCUGCUGAUCUCGCCAGUGGUCCUCCAGCAGCCCCUCACAUCAGCCUGCCAGGGCCCCCCAGUGGUGGGUCCUGCCUUCACAAGCACAGGACUCCCCAGGCCCGUGACUCCCACAGCAACUGUCACAAGUGCUUCUGGCUCCCAGCAGGAAGUAGGGACUUCAGGCAAGGACAAGGACCAGUGUCUGCCCAUGUCACAAGUCCCACAACUUGCUCCCACCCUGGGCCCCGGCCAGGCCCCUGCAGGCUGCCCUCCGAGCAGUCUAGGUCAGUCUCAGGCCCCCACCACGACUCGGAGGCAAGGCUUACCUGAGGUUCCAACCUGCCUGCCUGCAGCCCCCAGCCCCGCUCAGCCACAUAUACAGCCCCUCAGCCUGACACCCGCGCUGGCCACCAGCAUCCCCCUGCCCAUCACCUGGGUGCUCACAGCCCAGGGGCUGCUCCCUGUGCAGGUACCGGCCGUGUUGGGCCUCCCCACACCGGGAGAGGUGCUCCAGCCCCCCAAGACACCAGCACUAGCACCACCAACUCCCUCUGGGCCUCCCACUUCCCCUUGUCAGCCCCCAGCCAAUAUGGGCACAGAGCCAGCACCUUCAUCCAGGACAGCGCACUCUCCACCCCAGAGUUCCACAGAGGCAACUGGUGGAGAGGCGCAGGUGGCCAGGCCAGCAUCAGCACCCAGGAUGUCCUCCCAGGCCAACAGCCCCCACACAGGAUCCCCACAGCCCGACCAUCUGCCUGGUCCUAGUGGCCCCAGCUCUGGGGGUGAUCCAGGAGGGACAGCGGUGCCCAGUGGACCCCUGGGUCUGGAGAGGCCGCUUCUGCCUGGGCUGGAGAAGAGGGCCCUGGACUUGGGCCUGCUUUGCCUGGAAAGUGAGGUAGUCACACAGGAGCAGUGGUUGCGAGGCCAGCGGGGCGUGUGUGUGCCCCCCUUGGAGACCAGGCUGCCCUACCAGCCCCCGGCCCUGUGUAGCCUGCGGGCACUGUCCAGCCUCCUGCUCCACAGGGCGGCCCUGGAGCACAAGGCUGCCUCACUGGCUGUCGACAGAGCAGUCGGACCUGUGGCCUGGAGGACCUCUCUGGAGCUGGUGCGCAGGCAGCUGCAGGACAACCCAGCCUACCUCUUGUUGAAGGCGCGGUUCCUGGCACUCUUCACACUGCCUGCACUCCUGGCCACUCUGCCUCCUGACGGUGUCCCCACCACCCUCUCGGCAGUCCUGAGCACAGGCCUGGAGAGCACUGAUGAGGACCUGAGCGAGCUGGAGUCCGGGGAUGGGGACGGGAAUGAGCAGCUGGGCUGCACGGCACCCAGAAUUCAGGCCAGGCCCAUGCCUAUGAGCCCCAUGCAGGGAACCCCAGACUCUGGAGAGGGCGCAGUCUCCUGCCUGGAUGCCUCUGAUGACCUGGAUGUGCUCAGGACCCGGCAUGGCCGCCACAACCGGAAGCGGAGGUGGCAGCUGUGAGUGCAGUCGAGGCCCUUGGAGGCGGCCUGCACUCAGGAAGAGGCAGAGUCCAGCAUGUGGGGCAGCAGCAUUCAGUGGACUGGCUGGGCUGAUCACAGGCGUUCCUGGAACACUUAUCCACCCUGUCUGUUGCCCCCACCCAGGUUCUGCCUGUAGCCUCUGGGCCCUCACCAAAGUGUCCCCUCAACCUAGCAGCCACCUCCUGCCAUGAGACCCCUUCCCCUCCUCCCUGGGAUCUCAGCGCCUCAGAAACAUCCUCCGGGCCACCAUCCCAGGGAGGGCACUGCUCCGACAGUGUCUGCCCACUGCUUUGCACACAGCCUAUGCACUGUCCCUCUGAUCCUAAGCCUGGACAGCGCCUCGCUGUCACUGGGUCCCAGGAGCUGCACGGCAGGUGCCCAGGGCCCCAAGUGGGUCCCCACUGAACCCAGAGGGGUGGCAAGUGGUCCUGAAGUGGGCAGAACCAGGAGAGGUGACAGGACCUUGGGUGUCAAGGGCUCUGGCUGGGGAACUGGGCCUGCUGGGGUCAGGGCAUCCCUCCGUUCCAGGACAAGUACUUCUGGGGCCCAGGAGCCCACCCCACCCUGCAGAGGCCACAGACUGCCCUCUGCCUGUGGUGACCAAGCUGUCAGAGCUGGCCCUGCUGGAGUUUGGGUGUUAAAAGGAACAGACAGAACACUUUUGUACUUAAAUGCAA